GAAAGAGAGAUGUACUGGGACACCACCCUGAAACCUGGAGACAGCAAAGAGCCGAAAAUAAAGAUGGAGAUUUGCCAGACGGGAUAUUACACAGAAGACUUCAGGACGCAGGAAGUGCCGGCUGGCUUUGACUUUGCAUCUUAUGACUACCCUGGUGAAGACCUGUCUUUUCUGUUAGACAGUAAAGCACUCCUGCAGCAGAAGCACUAUGUCGCAGAAAGCAGCUACUCAGAGCCCCCCAAGGCUGCUCACCCAUACGACGCCAAAGUGAGCACCGGCGACACUUCACUCUUCAACCUGGACUCGUACCAGGAGUUCAACUGGUGGUCCUCAUACUCACACGACGGGCUGACCGUGGACCAGACCCCAACUGGAUACCAGGAGACGUACCAGAGCCUGGUGCCCCAGAACGGACAGUUCAGCCCGGCCGUGGAGGGCAGCCACAGCCCCUUUCCCCUUUCCAAUACAUUACGAAGUGAGACAGAUCCGAGCUACUGUCACUCGGUGGAACUCUACGACUCUGACGGACAGAGGCAGCCCUCGUCUUUCUGGCCCGAGUACUCCUCUCCCAGCUUCACUGCCCCCCCACCUCACCUGCCUCCGGCCCCCUGCCCCUCAACCCACGGUCCUCAGUCCUCGGAGCAGUACUGCCCCCGUGUGGUCAAACGCAAGAGCACACAUCCACAGAGGCCCGACAGGGAGGGCCAGAUGACAGGGAUGUCAGCUUAUCCAGGUUCUGGUCCAAUCCAGUUAUGGCAGUUUUUACUGGAGCUACUUCUGGACUCUGCUUGUUGCACCUUCAUCUCCUGGACGGGAGACGGCUGGGAGUUUAAGAUGUCCGACCCCUCAGAGGUGGCGAAGCGCUGGGGCCAGUGCAAGAACAAACCCAAGAUGAACUACGAGAAGUUGAGCCGUGGCCUGCGUUACUACUACCACAAGAACAUCAUCCACAAGACGGCCGGCAAACGCUACGUCUACCGCUUUGUCUGCGACAUACAGGGCAUGCUGGGAAAGACGGCACAGGAGGUGCUGACCAGUCUGAACGUUGUGCCCACAAACACAGAGUCGUGGCAGUCAGGCCCCGGGGGGCCAGCGGCGUCCGAGCACAGCAGCGAAACAUGGGCGGCAUCUGAGUAGGAACCGGUUUCCAGGACUACCAGCUGUGCUAGGCCCACAGUCUAGAGGGAACGGCUGAGCUCCUCAUGGGGUGAUGACGGUUUAGAGUCAAAUAACCCCAAACUCCUAAAUUCAUAGUCAGUCUUUUUCUUAAAUAAAGGAUCAUCUCAAAUGAAGGUCCCGUAACACCUGACCCAUGAACACAUAGCACCUCAGGGCGAAGUAACCGCAGCACAGGGGCGUUUAAAGCAUGACAAAUGGAGAUUUCUUCCGCAACGUCAGCGGCCAUAUUUUCAUAUGAAAAAGAGAAUCGAUUUGUAAAUAGUGUUCAUAUGACCGCCUUGUAGAGUUUUGUGCAUUUAUAAUAUUAUUUGUUUGAUACAAAACUCACGUCUACCUCUGUUGCUAAUCAGAAUAACGUAAACCGAGAUCAUUUCCAGGC